AUGUCUUACCAGAACCCUUCCCUACCCGUGUUUGACCCCAACCCUUCCCUUCCCGUGUUUGACCCCAACCCUCCCCUUCUUGUGGUUGACCCCUACCCUUACCUUUCUGUGUCUGGCCCCAAACCUUCACUCCCUGUGUCUGACCCCAAACCUCCCCUUCCUGUGUCUUACCCCAAACCGUCACUCCCUCUGUCUUACCCCAAACCUUCACUCCCUGUGUCUUACUCCAACCCUUCCCUUCCCGUGUUUGACCCCAACCUUUCCCUUCCCGUGUUUGACCCCAACACUUCCCUUCCCGUGUUUGACCCCAACCCUUCCCUUCCCGUGUUUGACCCCAACCCUCCCCUUCCUGUGUUUGACCCCAACCCUUACCUUUCUGUGUCUGGCCCCAAACCUUCACUCCCUGUGUCUGACCCCAACCCUUCCCUUCCCGUCUUUGACCCCCAACCCUUACCUUUCUGUGUCUUGCCCCAAACCUUCCCUUCCUGUGUCUGGCCAGGACCCUUCCCUUCAUGUCUCUGA